UAUCCAAAAGCCAAAGAAUUCCCGGUUCGCAAUUUUGCAUUCUCUGCGGGUCUUCUGCUUCACUUGCGCUUCACCGAACUAGGGAAAUUAGAGGAAUCGAGACGACGAAAUGUCAAUAGCGCCUUCGGUUCCUCGCCUUCACUCGCCGUUUCUGUGUUGCCCUCUCAAGAUUUCUUCGUCUUCUAUUUCCUACAGCUCAGCCAGAAAUCAACGGUCACCAUCGUCGUAUCCAUGCAUUAGAGCGAUUGAAUUUGAUCAAAACACGGUAGUAGCAAUAUCAGUUGGGCUUGUGAGUGUUGCUGUUGGGAUAGGCAUCCCAGUCUUCUACGAAACCCAGAUUGAUAAUGCUGCUAAGCGAGAAAAUACUCAGCCCUGCUUCCCUUGUAAUGGCAGUGGUGCUCAGAAAUGUAGAUUUUGCUUGGGGGCUGGGACUGUGACAGCAGAGCUCGGUGGUGAUGAGAAAGAAGUUUCGAGAUGCAUUAAUUGUGAUGGCGCUGGAUCUCUGGUGUGCACAACAUGUCAAGGCUCUGGAAUUCAACCCCGAUAUCUUGAUCGCAGGUAUGAUCAAUGUUCUAAAUCAUUAGUCAUCUGUUAGCCCUGUUGCUCAAGAAACUAGUGAAGAGAAUUCAAAGACGAUGACUGAGCCGAUGCAAGGUUUAGCAGCGAUCAUACGGCUAAUCAACUUGUAUGCUAAGAGGAAGGAAUAUAAGUCAUUCAUUCUAUUACCCUUUUUGCUUCAUAAACUUAUGAUGUACUACUCAAUGGGUGAUAUGAUUUCUUUGUAGUGUGCUUCAACACUUGGUAUUUGUAUUAUUACAACCCAAAACUGUUUUGUGAUCAGUUAUAAAUAUUUUUUUAAUCGUACUA